AUUUUUAUUUUAUACAGCCGAUUUGAAUUUCAUUUGUAUUAAAAAUUGUGUGCAUAUCUUCUUAGAUUAAAUGUAUAUUAACUAUAUUGUUUUUCUCUAUUAAUCCGAAGCAUGCUUCAAGCCAUUUAUUUUUUUUUAACAGAAUAUUUUUAUGCAAUUAUAAUUUAAUAUGGGAUUUAUUUCGCAAUCUAUCUACUUUAUGGGCGAGAUUCCCUUUUUUGUAGGUGAUACAUAGACAAUUCGAACUGUCAAAAUGUAGCUGAAAACGCGUUAAAUCCCCAGACACAUAUGUCAAAAGGGAGCACACAUAAACAAACACACUCACACACUCACACGCUCAAGACGCAGUCAAAAUUAAAAUAAAUGAACAAAUAUCAUUAGAGAAUUCACUUUGCGUCCAAAAUAUAAACAGUAUUUUCAUUUAAUAUAGCCGAUUUUCAUUUUUAUUAAAAAUUGUGUGAAUAUUGAACGUAUUAGCCUAGACUUUUGUAACAGAACAUUUUUAUCCAAUUAUAAUUCAUUAAAGGUCUUCUGAAAACGCGUUUAAUUCAGUAUAUUCAGUGCUCAAAAUAAAAUACAUUGUCUAUCAACUGGUUUAUUUCGUCGCCAUUUUUUUUUCUUCAAAUAAGCGUCUUUUUGUGAAAUUGUUUUUUUUUUGUGCUCUCAAAACAAAAUUAUGGCAAGCAGUCAAGAUAGUGGUGGAUCGGUUCAAGAUCAUAGUUCUGGUCAAGGCUCCAGCGGCAUUGCAUCAGGAACACCAACACGUAAAAAACGAUCGUCUGCCAUCAUUUUGCAAUCGCCAACUGGUGUCGCAAUAAAUAAUAUGUAUCAUGGGAUUUCGGAGAUCUCAACCAAAGCCACUGAAGCUAUAGCAGCUGGUGAUGUGAAGAAAACGCAAGAGGUCAUCGAUGUCAUUGAAAUAUACAUGGCAAAUAUAACCACUACACGUAAAUUUCUGUGUUCAAAAAUUCAAAGAAUCGAAGCAUUACCUGAUAAUACAACGCCAACGCAUGAUAUUUCUGGUCAAGGAACGAGCUCUGUAAGUAGAAUGUCAACAUGUUCGCCUUGCAAACGGCCAAAGACAUCAGAUUCAUUUAAUGAUUGGUCCAGAAAAGUGUUGAAUAUUACUUCGACAUUGCAAACAGAAGCCCUAACAUGCGAAAAAUUAUCAAAUUUGAAACGAUUAUUGGUUGCUGCUAAAAUGGCCGUUGAAGAUUUAACCCAUAAACUUGAUGAUCUGAAGAAGGAAAUUGAACAGCCAGAAUAUCGUAACCAAAACACAAGUGGGCCUUCAUCAUCAUCUCAUUCAAGUGAUGACAGCGAACCAUGGUCUACAAAGCAUCCAUUUUACGAAGAGUUUGUCGCUCUAGCGAAACAAAUUAAUAAACCACGUGCCUUGCGAAAGCUUCUGUCAAAGUUAGAAGCGCUUGAAAAAGAAAUAAAAGGUCAAAAUAACGCCGAAUGAACAAAUACCGAUGUAAAAUUGCUUCCAAAAUAUAAACGGCAUUUUUAUUUUAUACAGCCGAUUUGAAUUUCAUUUGUAUUAAAAAUUGUGUGCAUAUCUUCUUA